AUGUCCGCAAACCCGCCCCCGACCUCGACUCCGCGCAGACUCAACUGGGACAAGAAAUAUGAGCUCAAGAGGGCGGCGAGGCACUGUCUCAAGUUCUGCAUCGACCAUCGUCCCCUCUUCCUGGAGCCAUUCGAUAUUUUCCUGUCUAGGCUGCUCGAUGACUUUGUCACUCGCUCGGACAGCAUCAGCGCUAAGAUGAUUCAAUACUUCUGCGAUCGGGCGCCCAAUGGCACCUCAUGGACCGUCUGGGUCUCGACCGCUACCCGCGACAAGUUCCGGCAGGCCAAAGCAGCCGUCGGCCAGAAGCUGAGCCAUGCUGAGUUUGUCGAGAUUCUGCUGGCCGUCUCUCGUCCGUAUGUUAUGGAGCAGAUGCAGCUCUCGUCCGGCCCAGAGGCCCCGCCAUUCUCGGGCGCGACCUGGAUAUGGACUCUGCCAGCGUCCAGCCCAUCGUCGCUCCCGGCCGCCUGGUCUGCGGACCAACAAGCCUUCAGCAGCAGCACCAACAGCGCUCCAAGCUACACCCAGCCCCAGGCAGGGGCACCACUUUCCUUGGGGCAGCAAAACCUCCGGUCAGAAUUCACUCUCAAUCCACCAAGCUUCUCGAGCCACUGCACUGCCGCCGACUGGCAUGCUGCUGUGACGGCUCAGCAUCCAAGUUUGCAACCCAAUCCAAACGACUCGGGCAUGUCCAUCCCAGAGUACCAGCAGUAUGCCCCUGAGCCUCAGCAGCCCCUCACCGAUGAUGAGCCCCCACCCUACGGCGAUCAGCUCCCGCCCUACCUCGAAGCCUCUGGCACCGAAUCGGAUGCUGACUAUAGACUGUCCGACAAGAAAACGCCGCUGCCUAGUGAUGUUGAAACCGAUGCUCUCGGCGAUGACAUUUGGGCUGACCUCGACAUGGGCGGCCACUCGCUGGACUCCAAGUCGUCGUCGCCCAGUCGUUUUGGCAGCCAGACGGCCAAACCGCAGCCUCUGAAGAACCGGCCUUCGACGACUACCUGA